AUGUCCACUGAUUGAGUUGCACUGAUGGGCACUGAUAGGCUGCACUGAUGGACACUGAUUGGUGGCACUGAUAGAAGGCACGGAUAGGGGUGGACUGACAACUCAUGGGGCCCCUGGGCAAUAGGGGAUCAUGGGGCCCCUGUGUCCUUGCCCACACUCAAACCACAACCAAAAAAGCCUAUGAAAAAGGUACCAGGGGCAUCUCAUGGGGCCCCCUACUGACCCAAGGCCCUCGGGCAGUGCCUGAGUUCCCAAAUGGUCAGCCCGCCCCU